AUGACAGACAUUCUGCAUCCCCCACCACCACAACUGGCUUCAGCUUCAAGCUCCGUGGAUGAUGGGUUGCAUUCCCUUAUUAACACUCAUUCGGUAGAUUUUUUCAGGAGAAAUAAUAGUACUCAAAUACUACAGGAGUUAGAAGAACAAGAAGAGGAGGAGGAUCAAUGGUCUGUAUUGGCUGCUUUGGUGACUGCUUUUAGGAAAUCUUUGGCGGGUUGUAGAAGUGCAGCUGAAAAUUGUAGGGUUGAAGAAUUAAUGGAAAUUGGGUGGCCUACUAAUGUUAGGCAUGUUGCCCAUGUAACAUUUGAUAGGUUCAAUGGAUUUCUUGGACUCCCUGAUGAGUUUGAACCUGAAGUUCCCAGAAGGCCUCCCAGUGCUAGUACAAGAGUUUUUGGAGUUUCGACAGAGUCUAUGCAACUUUCUUUUGACUCCAGAGGUAAUUGUGUGCCAACAAUACUUCUGAUGAUGCAAAGACGCUUGUACUCCCAAGGUGGUUUGCAGGCAGAAGGAAUCUUCAGAAUUAACGCGGAGAAUGGCCAGGAAGAGUUUGUCAGGGAACAGUUAAAUAAUGGGGAAGUACCAGACAAUAUUGAGGUUCAUUGUUUAGCAGGUCUCAUUAAGGCUUGGUUCAGAGAACUCCCAAGAGGUGUGUUGGACUCUUUCUCAACAGACGAGAUUAUGCAGGCUCAAUCGGAAGAAGAGUGCACUCAUCUUGUACGACUCCUUCCACCUACUGAUGCUGCUCUAUUGGAUUGGGCAAUUAACCUAAUGGCUGAUGUCGCUCAGCUCGAAGAUCUGAACAAGAUGAAUGCACGUAAUAUUGCCAUGGUUUUUGCACCAAAUAUGACGCAGAUGGCAGAUCCUUUGACAGCAUUGAUGUACGCGGUCCAAGUAAUGAACUUUCUAAGGACUUUGAUAGUCAAAACCUUGAGAGAAAGAGAAGAUUGCAUGGUACAAACUGAUCCUGCUUCCAAGUUAAAGCCUUCUGAUGGAGAUGAUCGUGAUGGCACAUCCGAACCAAUAAUUAAUGUGGCCAAUCGGGUAAAGCCUUCUGAUCUUGCUUCUAAGUUAAAGCCUUCUGAUGGAGAUGAUCGUGAUGGCACAUCCAAACCAAUAACUAAUGUGGCCAAUCGGGUAAAUACAGAGAACCAAUUUAAUGUCUCAGAAGCAUCACCAUCAAAGUACAACCCAAACUCCUUCCCGGCUGAAUCAAAAACUGUUAAUGUUACAUAUGGUUUUCUUAGUUCUAUCAAGAAUAUCCUUCCCCGUGGAAAAUGGCAUAUGGUUGACACAGAAAUGAAUAGACUUGAAAAAGGUAACAUUUCAAUGGGAAGUGAACCAAUCCCAUAUUCAAAAAACCAGUCAAUGAGAACGGGACAAUCGAGCAAUUCAAAUGUUAAGAAAGUAGGUGAGAGGAUUAUUCAGCAAUCAGUUGUUCAUGUUUCUAUCGACACAGAAAAGAGCAAAGAAUUAAGGAUCACUAGCCGGAUAAAUUCACCAACAGAACGGGUUGAAGCAUGGAGGUGA